GAUUUUUUCGGCAAAACUAAUUUGUACUAAUAUUUGAUGUGUCCCCUAGCGUUAAUCCGGCGUAUUUUUGAGCUGCAAAUAACUCGCUAUCCCAAUAAUUAUUUUUCAGCAAUUAUUGAACAAGUUUUAACCGGCGAACAAGGCUGUGGGGGUCUCCUUAGAAGUUGGAUUCUAAAUAAAUCCAAGGCAACCAAGAAUGACAAGCAGGUGUUGAUGCUUCUCGAAAAAUUAUGUGAGAGAGCUGUAUUUCUUGCAGCACCCAACAGUUUUAAGACGUUCAUUACAGACAACUGCAAAGGCGACGAAAAACGGUUCAUCGAGAAUCUGUCCAUUCUUCGGGUAGCAUCGACGUAUAGAGAUAAAGUAUUGGAGAUCUUACCUGAAACACGGGUUCAUGUGGGACGAAGACGGGUCAGUGCUUAUGGUGCUCUGAUGAGUGGCAAGAAAUGCUUGCUCAAACUACACCAACAUUCCAAAGAAGAGGUGCUGAGGGCAGAUGCUUUAAAGACAGUUCCUCUACGAAAAGAAAUCGAAAUUCUUAAGGUUCUGAGUGCUGAACCAUGUCAAAACCUCGUUCGACUUCUCGGCUCACGCACAAAAGCUCCUAUGCAUAUGAUCAUAGAGAGAACGCCCAAAGGCGAUCUUUUGGCGUACCUUGAAGGCCUUGCAGCCCUCACCACCCCGCCUGAAGCUGAACUAUUAAUCCAGAUUGCUCUAGACGUUUGCAACGCCAUGAUAUACCUUGGUGCACGGGAUAUAAUCCAUCGUGAUUUGUGCGCCAAGAACUGUUUUAUUUUUAUGCAAGACGGAAAGCUGCUUACCAAACUUGGUGAUUUUCGUCUUGCAGUUCUUUCUUAUACUGGCCCGAACUUGCCUACCGGUCUGAGUCGAAAACCAACUUCUUUCAGUGAACAUUUUCCCAACCAAUUUGCCGUGCGUUGGAUGGCUAUUGAAGCACUUCAGUUUCGUGAAUUCAGCAUUGCAUCUGAUGUAUGGUCAUUCGGUGUACUGUUGUUUGAGAUUUUUACCUUUGGUUGCAAGCCAUAUGUCAACAUGCCAAGUGGGCUGUCUUUGGAAAGUGACGAGGAAGUUGAAGAAUUCGUAAGUACAUGCGCUACAUAAUUAAAACAAUAUUAUAACUAAUCUCGUUUAUGUAAUUUGAACAUGAGUAGUAGGAUAACACCGAUUCUGGGCCAGUAGGAUAUUUAUGGAUAAUAAUGGAUAAUUUUGGACCACUAGGAUAGUUAUGGAUAAUAAUGGAUAAUUUUGGGCAAGACUAAUUAAGCACCACUGCGCACCUCCUACGCACAUCUGAUGACGUCACUUCCAGCCCCUAUGACGUCACAACCAACCCCCAGCAACCCCUCGCGCCCCUCUCGGAACCCUGUGCCUAUCGGCCACCCCUUCCCCCACCCGCGCACCCCAACCCCAAACACUUCCACCGCGCAUGCGCAAACCUCCGCCCCACGCGUCUGUUAGAGUCUUCCCAAAGUCUUUCCGAAGUCUUCCCAAAGUCUUCCCAAUGUCUUCCCAAAGUUUUCCCGAAGUUUUCCCGAAGCCUUGCAACAGCGGAUGGUUUUUGAAAAAAGCUGAGUCAGCAUUUCUGGAAAAAAUGUUUUUCUAUAUAAUAAAGAGGACCUCAUCCUCCUGUUCCUUAGUCCGCCCACAAGUCAUGGAACCGAUUGUCAUUGUUACUUUCAAACCCUUUGGGUUUGAAUAAAAGCUGAAUCAGCAUUUCUGAUUUUUUUUUUUAUAUAUAUAAUAAAGAGGACCUCAUCCUCCCGUUCUUGAAUCAGACAUCUUUGCUACUUUCAAACCCUUUGCGUUUGAAAAACAAAAUCAAAUCUAGGAAUAAUUUGACAACAAAAAAUUUUUUUAUAUAUAAUAAAACAAUGCCUAUUACCAAAGUGUCAGACUUCUCCAAGGAUUCGUUCGCUUUCGAAGAUGCCGUCGGAAACAGUUACGGAUCCAAGAAGAUUAGAAUAACGGCAUCAGACGAUGGUCCGCUUUUUCUUAAACUCGAAAAUUGUCUGGCUUAUGGAAUAAACAAGAACAAUAAGUUUGAAAAAGUCAACUAUUCAAUUCCACUAAGUGUUGGCCCACACGAGGAAUUCAUGUCGGCUCUGGAAUUAUUGGAAAAAGAGUGUGCUAAACAUGUGGGGAAACCGGGUAGUGACGUGAAGAGGUGUCUUUCUAGAAAGGGAAGGAGUCCUACCCUUUAUGCAAAGAUUGAUGAAAAAACGCAGAUGCGCUUGGAAAAUAGUGGCUCUAGUGUCAAUCCCAUGAAACAGCGGAGUGAACGCUUUCACCUGGACGCGAUUAUCAAGAUUGAUUGCAUUUACGUGUCCGACAAGGUGACCUCCAUUCAGGUGAAGCUGUACCAAGCGAAAAUUCUGAAGGAAAAGGUAGAGGAACCGGAUCAGGAAUGGCUUUUGUAAUGAGGUUAAUCAAGUACAGAAGCAGAAAACCGAACAAACCAAUUAUAAUGUUUGUAAGAACAUUAAAAUUUUAAAUUUAAACCGCUGACGUGUAAGCUGCUUUCGUACUCAACCUCGUCAUCACCGAUCACAACCGGACGGUCACUCCACCAUAUCCUGAACAGAUUUCCUAUACCAUAGGAACGGGCAUGUAAAGACGGUAUGGAAAACACCCACGACUCUGCGAAAUCGUCGGGUUGUCCCAAAUUUAUACCAAACUCCGGACCAACCAGCGUGAAGUCGUUUAUCUCCGCAAGCGUCACAUCCUCCGAAACGGUGAGAAAAACAAUGAAACUUAUUGGCGAACCAAAAAGGAUUGCGUUCACACUUCACACCCAUAAUUAUAGCGUUUGGUCCUGUUUCCGUGUCCUCAAACCUAACGUCAACCUCUCUGUCAGUUCCUUCGUGCGAAAGGGUGACUCCAGCGUCUGCAAAGUUGGUGUCUCUACACAUCUCCAAUGUGAACUCCGUCAUUUCUGCGGAACAUUCGAAGUAUAGCUAGACUCUCCUAUACACAUCCAUUACUUUUUUAUUUUAUAUAAAAAAGUUUUGUCUAUAUACUGUUGACCUUCAUUCCUCCUUUUCCGGCAGCUUAUCUUUGUACUGAUCAGAUGUUUUCCGACGGUGACUCCACCACUUAGUAUUCCAGUCAGUGGGAUGUUCCGGCAGCUUAUCUUUGUACUGAUCAGAUGUUUUCCGACGGUGAUUCCACCACUUAGUAUUCCAGUCAGUGGGAUGUACGGUGUUACAUAACUGACAAGGUUUUUAAAAUCUUUUCUGAGCAGAUCGUUUUCCUCCAGUUCUUUUUUCAUUCCUUCAGCGCCCUUAACAGCAUGCAACACCUCCAUGAGUUCGGAAAACUAGGCAAUGAUGACGUCAGCCAGUUGGUUGUUUGUGUCCUCCAGCUGUUGUCUUUCGUGGUCCUUGUAUAUAUUUUCCAGCGUUUUUUCAGAUGCUUUCUUGAUGUAUUUUGCGGUGUAUUUAAUUUCACCUGCGUCAACCAGUUUUAGUAGCUUUUCCAUUAGGUCACUUACGACAGGGAUCUCAGGUUCUGUAGAUUCGAAUAUGGUUUCCAUUCCUUUAUUUAACAUGCGGAUUAACUGUUUGGUGGAUCUAAUGUCGGCGUAAUAGUAUUUCCAGCCUGGCGUAGUCGUUAUUUUAUAGCGUAUUAAUGAUUUCCCUUUUCCCUUCUUUUUCCGUGUUUGCCAAGUAAUCGUCCAUUAUGAUGUUCGUAUCUUUUGCACUCGGGUUGUAAAAGGUUACGAGUUUAGAUAUAUUUUCUCUAUAGGGUUUUGCCAUGGACGUAAGUUGCUGAGUGAUAACGAUGGUCGAGAUUCCCAUGUGCCUAGCGCUAAACCCAAGUUUUACCAAUUCGCUGGUCCUUUUUUUGACGGAUUGACUGCUAGCACAGUCGUCGAGGACGAUUAGACUAUUGGUUCCUUCUGCGAACCAGAAAACGUGUUCUAAGCACGGAUUUACGUCAUCCUGUUUGCAGGGCAUGGCUAUAAAGUCCUUAUCCUUAUUGUAUUUCCAGUCCUGGUACGUCUUGUUUCAUUCGUAUGUGGAACAUAUUAAGAAUAUGUCGUCCCUUGUCCAGUCUUUCUGUCAAACUGUGUUGUCAUUAGUUGCUGUUAACCCAGUGGAAAUAUCACUUUUUAGUGAGCAUGUGAAAUUUAAAUUAAAUUCCUUUUUUUUUCCCUCCACAUGAUUAGAAUUGCUCAGGACCACAUUAUUUAAAUCUAACGUCUCAGUGAUUAGCGAUUUUGAAGCGAUAUAUCCACUGUGUUAACCUAUAUUUCAGUAUUGCAUUAGCAGGUUACCCGUAAAGGAGCAACUAGCUCUGUGGGUUAAACCGGUCAUGUGACAAAGAUUGUAAAAUAAAAAAAGUAAAAAAUAAAAAAUAAAAAAAAAAUAAAUAAAAUAAGAAAAUGCAGUCAAAGUGGUUUUCAUAAUCGUUCUCCCACAUUUUUAGUAGGUAAUAGGUUUUUCCACAUCCGGUCAUUCCGAGAAUGAUCAUGUUGAAUGGUGUUUCCAAUGGUUCCAUCUUUUAUUAUUUAGUAACUAAUACCCUGAAGGGUCUUUUCGCUGAUGUUUAUAAGUCCAUCGGAUAACACGAAGAUGUUACAGAGAAUGUCUUCGGAAUUUCCGUCUGUUUCGAUCUCCAGAAGAAUUCCGGGAUUAUCGCCGAGAAGCUUUUUUCCACUUCCGACGAUAUGGCUGUCAUCGACAGCUCUCAGAUCAACUACCAGUGCGAAUUUAUUUUUGUAGAGUUUCCUAACGCUUAUGUUGUCGUUACAGGCGUUGUUAGCUAUUCCGAAUAGUCUUUUUGCUUCGUCGUAGAAAUUUUCGUAUGUUAAACCCUGAAUGUAUACGGCAUUUGUCUUUCCCUCUAUCGUAACUUUUACUUUCUCGAUGUUUGGGAAGAUGUAUUCCUCGCUGUCGGUUAUUGUCUUUUUUUUCUGAAGAGCAGAACAACAGCUCUCAUGCUUACCCUCGGGUGCUUACCAUAAUCUUGUCGGCUUUUGGAAGAGUUACAGUGUACUCGAAUCCGCUCUUCAUUUUGUAUGGUGCGUAACGACCGUGAUCAUUGAGAAUUCUUACGAGUUUAAUUUUCUGCUCCUUGUAUACCUUCGCCAUCACCAGGUCGUAGUCACCUUCCGUUUUUGCAGUGAUAUCAGCGCUGUCGUCCUUCGACAAUAGCUUUUUUGUGUUCUCGUUUAUAAUUCCGUAUUCUACCAUGUUUGCUCUUUUCGUGCCCAUCUUCCAGAGAUCUUUGUAAACCUCGAUGAGACUUUCACCAUUAUUGUCGUAUACUAUCUAACCGAACACAUGUAUCGUUCGGGACUGGUUCCGUCUGUCGUACGAGUUCAAGAGCGAAAACACCAAAUCCUGGUUUAUGAAUAACCUCGGUAAACUCUUGUGUGAAUGACUCAUGAUAAGAGUAGCCUCUUAUCAUGAGUCGUUCACACAAGAGUUUACCGAGGUUAUUCAUAAACCAGGAUUUGGUGUUUUCGCUCUUGAACUCGUACGACAGACGGAACCAGUCCGGUACGAUACAUGUGUUCGGUUCCAGAUUUGGGACUACUAUGCGGAUGUCAUUUCCGGGAUUGGAUUCGUUUGGGUUAAAUGUAACGAAGUUACAAACUCUGCUUCCUACAACAUCGGAGGUCAGUCCCCUUUUGAAACCGGGCGUAAGUUCUUGGCUUCUCUUUUCCUUUUGUUUUAUUAUAUAGUAUAUUUUUUAAUUGUUAAAUUUUUCGAACUUUGGUUUAGGAUUACCUUCAGGUUAACCACCGCGGACUCGUCUUGUGCCUGUGGUUCGGUUGUACGAUCGGGCUUGUCUGCAGAUUUGGUUUUGCUGUAUACGUAAUAAAUUCCUCCUAACGCAGCUGUCGCAACACCGAUGUAAAUUAGCGUAUUUACCGGGCCGUCCUGAUCGGAAUUAUUUUCAACGCUACGUCUUCCUGUAGCUUUCUUUGCCUUUGCUUCUUUGGAUAUUGCGGCUAGUCUUUUGCCUGAUUCUACCCUUUUCGGAUCCUUCGAUUUUUGGGUCUUUUCUGCUCUUGUUAUUGUUGGCUCGCUCAUUCUUUAUUUAAUAUACAUACUUUUUUUCUGAGAUGGUUUCAAGGUCAUCUUAAGUAAUUUUAAGGUCAUCUCAAGGUCAUCUCAAAACUACUUGAAAUUUGCUUAAAAGUUACUCAAAAUUCUUUUGAGAUAGUUUCAAGGUCAUCUUAAAUAAUUUCAAGGUUACUGCUAAUGUCAUCUCAAGUUCGUCUCAAACUUACUUAAAGAAAUAUUUUAUUAUAUAAUAAAAUAAAACCAUGGAUUUCCUUAAACAAUUGGAAGAGGCAUGUCGGUCGGUCUUGGACGUCAUCAAACGAGCGGAAGAGAAUUGUCAAUCGGACACGGGUAAGUCAGCUAUAGAUAAUAUCAGACGAUUGGAAGAGGAGUACUUUGAUCGUGGGAAAAGUGGGUUGCAUAAGGAUCUUUUCGGACAGGCGGAAAAGGAGUACCUGGAUUCCAUUGGUCCGGAAGAGCCGGUGUAUACCAAAGUGCCUGACAAGCACUUUUGCUUUGAAGGGCGCAAACAUCAAUUUACCGAUAUAAACGGGGAAAGGACGUGCAACGACUGCGGAUUGAUAACCGGACCCGUUUUUGUUUCGGACUAUGAUUGUUGGGAUGAAGCAAUUAUAAGAGGUCAGGAUAAAAGUGACAUCAGUUUUAGGUAUGAAAGUUUUUGUGGUAGGAGAAAUAUAUCGGAUUCUGUCCUAUCAGCAAGGAAUAAAAAUGAGAUUGUGAAAAAUAUCACGAAAGUUGACGACGCAGAGGAACCUUAGAUGAAGACGCUCCCUAACCUCAACAUCUUAAACUACCUAAUAUGUAAAAGACUUAACAUAGCGAUGGAUGAGAAUCUGCUCAAGAUUCCGGAAAGCAGAGUUCCCCAUUAUCGGUAUAGAAAAAUAUUCCAGACGUUAGGUUGGGAAUAUAUCGAGUAAUUUUAACCUUUUUACCAAGCAUUAAAAUUGAAAUAGUAAUUUUAGGGCGAUGAUGAUGAGAAGAACCUCAACUGUUAUCGGGAUGAGCAGGCAGAACACCAGACUCGUCCACGUUAGUCUCCGUAAUAUUUGAAUUUUCGUCAUUUAUUUUAACGUACUUUUUUUACCGUUGCCCUGACAUAUCCGAUUUGGGUGUGAGGGUUGAUGGUAAGAUCACCACGUUCUAUACCGAUUCCGAAACUGAACAUUUUUCUUUUCCGGUGGUUUUUGUCGUACUUCACUUCAUUUGUGAUCUCAGGUUUUGCGAAUAACCAUCCCUUUUUAUUUAUUCUUCUUUUUGUUUUCUUCCUUUGUGGUCUUUGCUGAGUGUCCAGCUUUACCUUCCUUACAUGACGUAACGUACUUGAUGUUGGUUGUUUUGAAUUUAACGUAACCGAGAUUCAGUCCACCUCUAUUUAGUUUUACAUCGACGUUGACGGUUUUAUCCUUUUUUAACUUUCCCUUAACUUUGCUGCUGUCGCUAUUCAUUCUUUUAUUAAUACGAAAAGAAAAUCCACCUUGAAGUGAUAAUUCCACCGACGAACAUAGUGCCGAGGAGGUAAAUCAGAUUGUUUGUUGGUUGUGAUAUGCUUACCGUGUUAAGAUGUGGUAUAGGGUUCCGGUCUUUGUGUGGUAUAGGGUUUGGACUUACCACUAAACUCAGCUUUGCCUCCUUCGGCUUCGAGUAAUUAACAUCUGCAUUACUACCAAACUACAUAUCCUAUGUCGCUAGUGUGAGUGUAUUGUUGUAUCCUGCUACUUUUUUCUUAAGUAUAAUCAUAUUAGAUGGUAUUAAUAUUAAUCCGGGUGAUAUUGCCAUGUUAAGUACAACGUUAGUAUCCUUUAUUGCCUUCCUCAUGUUGGAGACGGAUACCGAUACAUCGUCUUGCGCAAUGGUGUCUUUGAAAAGUUUGUGAAAUACGUCCUGAGUCUGCAAGGAUUUUGCCCCUUUACCAACGAUAGGCCAACGUGUUUGUGCUUGCGCACCUAAUACGCAAUAGACGUAACUUUCGACAGAUUGUUGAAGUAAUUUUAGUCCUAAGGGUGUUAGCCCGUCUGAUUUCUUAGCUAUGAAUUGGGUGUAGUCCGCAUUGCUGUUGUUAAUGACUUUGUCUACUUCCUCAUAACUAAUUCCCAUCACACCCACCGGUAUCGUAGUAUGAAUAUCUGUAGUUACUAACCCUACUUUUAUCCGGAAGUCUGCUAUUCCAAAGACCUAUUUCUGUUUGUCCUCGAUGGAAUUUAUUAACCCAUGUUUUCUGUGUGGGCAUGUUUCUCUGCAAGGACUUUAACAUAUCUUUCGUUACGUACUUCGUCAUUUUGCUUGGAUUUCUAAGGAACCUACGCAUGUGGUAGUAUAGGUGAUACCUGAAACACUUGUGAUUACUUUUGAGGUUCCUUUGCUUUCCAGCAGAUGUUCCGUACUUAUCCCACACUUGUACGUAAUAAUGUAAACAGCCAGUAGCGAUGCGAAAUAGGGAUCGUUUGUAUAAGUGAACUUUACCUUGGUGAUAUCCUUUGCGGUGCCGGUCCACUUCGUGUCUAGAUCGGUGAAGUUGGAGACAAAGCUGUUGUGGGAGGUAUUAAUGCAGUCACAUUAAUGCAGUCACUGCGCCUGGAUAUUUUCUACUAAAAUCCUCUUUCUUCUUCCGUAUUUCUCGGGGUGUUGCGGCCUUUACUUUUUCGUAGUUCUGUCCGUAAUAGUUGCGGAAUAUGUCUUCACUAGUACUCAUUUUAUUUAUUAUGUAAUAAAAAUGAAGAAGUUAAGGGUGUUUAUUGAAAACGGAACUACGAAGUUUUUUCCGGACAAGUGUAUUAGAACUGACGCAAAGUCAGAGUUACUCCUAAGGAACGCAACCAUCUACUGGGCUUAUAAGAACGUACGUUCGGGUGUCAACGAUAAUAUUACCUACGGAGAGAAGAAGAUUACCUUCGACGAAGGCUAUUGCACCUUCGAUGCAAUAAAGAAAAAACUAGAGGCAGACGGAAUAUAAAUAGAACGAAACAAGCACAACAAUACCUGCAGAAUUUAUCCGGCAACCAAGGUGAACUUACAUUUAAACGAAUUUGCUCCACUAAUAGGAUUUCCAGAAACGGAAAUCCUAACCUCCGAAGUGUGGGAGAGAUCUCCCUUUCCUAUAGAUAUUAAUCGCGGUCUUAGAUAUAUUACUAUCGACUGUGAUGUUGUUAAUACAUCCCUAAAUUUUGACGUAGACGGUAAAGGAAGUUUUACAGUGGGCACGCUACCCGUGACACCUGACCAACAUCUAAACGGAACAACAACGUUUUUCAAAGACAUUGGAAGUAGGGUUUAUGUUAAUAACGGUUCCAACAACAGAUUGUCCUUCAGUAUCAAUACGAACAUCAGCGAUAAGGUUGAUAUGUCCGCACUCCUCGAGUUUUAUAUCACAUAAAUAAAAUGGAAGACAAGCACUUUAUUUCCGAACAAGGAUUAAGACAUAUGUACUAUAAUCCAAGUACCGGUUAUCAAUCCGCUGAGAAGCUCUACCGGAAGGCAAAGAAGGAGUGACUGGACGUCAGUAGAAGAAUUGUGAAGGACUGGUUAAAGACCCAAGACACCUACACAUGGUAUAAACCUAUUGUUAGAAAAUACAAAUUUCAGAGGACAUUCGUUAAGGACCUAGCGGGCCAAGUGCAAAUGGAUCUUGUGGAUAUGGGGAAUCCAGAACAAAGGGUAUUACUGGAUACUAACAGCUGUCGAGAUCCUGAGCCGUUAUGGAUUCGCUAUUCUCGUCUACAGAAAAGAUACGAAAAACAUGACAAAGGCUGUGGACUUAUUAUUGGAGGAAUUCAAGAAAAGAUUUGGGAAAUACCCAGAAGUUGCACAGUUCGACGAGGGAAAGGAGUUCUACAAUGUCGGUGUUAGGAAUCUCUUACAAAAACACGACGUCCGCUAUUUUUCCACAAACUCUGACAGAAAAGUAGCUAUUGUUGAAAGAUUUAACAGAACUUUGAAGACAAUGAUGUGGAAGUAUUUCUACAGCAAAGGAACUUACAAUUGGGUCGACACCCUAGACGAGCUUACGAAUAACUACAACCAUACCAAACACAGGAGUCUACUAAUGAGACCUGAUGACGUCAAACAAAGACCAAGUAUGGAUUACGCUAUACGUUUACGGAUUAGGAGAAUUUCCAUUACCUAAGUUUAGAGUUGAUGAUACGGUCCGAAUAACGAAGUAUAAAAAUAUAUUUACCAAGGGAUACGACGCAAACUUUACGGAAGAGAUAUUCAAAGUUGUAAAAGUAUUCAGAGGAGAAGAUCCUAACAUGUACGAAAUAGGAAGUCAUGACAGAGAACCGAUUAUCGGAAAGUUUUACGAAGAGGAACUAUCCGCUGUGGAUAAAUAGGACGAUGUGUACAGAGUAGAGAAAAUUCUGAGAAGAAGGAAAGGUAUGGUACUGGUAAAGUGGUUAGGAUACGAUAGUAAGCACAAUUCCUGGAUUCCGGAAGAAAAUAUUAAGGAUAUAAAAUAAAUGGCUGACAUUGAACUAGACGAAACAAACCGCGUUGACGACCGCGAAGCCGAAAGAGCUGGAGCGGAGGAAGAAGAAACAAGUUUCAUUGACGACGACGGAAGACGGGACGAAAGUAUAUUAAUUCCCAUCCGAUUCAAUCCGGACGUUGAUGGAUCAAGACCUAGCGGUUCCACAGCGAACAUCAGACGAGAAGUUGGAAUAAUGAAACGGGCCUAUAUGUCGGAUAAAAAGGAUUUCCUCAAAAAUGAACUUGGAGUAAAUAUCAAUAAGGGAGACGGUCCAUCUUCCACCAUCAUCUUCGACAAAAUGAAGCUAACCGUAAAUAAAGCCGGAACAAAAAUUAACGGUGCCACAUUCAAGGACGUCAAAAUCAUUAUUUCGAAGAAUGGAAAAAUGAUAUACUCGACGGACAAGAACAAGGAUUCCGUCGUAAACGAAUACAAAGAACUGAUCAGGAAAGCUAAAAUAGAACAUUCAAAACACCUGCAGCCCUAGUGGAGGAACAACUUGAUCGGCUAAACCUAGACGCUCCCCAGGAACUUGUGGAUAGUGUAUUAGAAAAUAUCGUCGAAAGAAUGGAUGAUGAAUUAUCCCGGCAAAGCGAAGCUAUCGGUAAUAAUACAGUUAUAACGGAAAAUGAACUAAGGGAACUGAGAGGUAUCCUAAACGUAAAAGGAAACUCGGGUAAGCAAAAAUUUGAGUAUCUCGAAAUAGAAAAAAAUCAACGGAAAGAACUGGCUGAAACCGAACGAACUGCAGGACGUGAACAGAAGGCUCUCCUGUAGGAAGCAAUGGCAGACAUGGCAGAUUUGAAAGCGGACGAAAUAAGGUUAAGAUCAAACGAACGACCAAAGGGAUCAAAAGCUAUGUCCAUCAUGGAAGAAGAGGUAGAAAUAAAUGAUCUUACAAGGUUCGAAAGACUUAAGAAAUGGGCAAAAGAAAAUAUAUUUGGAAUAUCAGCCAUAGCAAUAUCUGUGGCGGGUAUCAUCACCACGAUUAUUAUGGGUGCUAGAAGCGUAGCAAAAAAGGGAGCAAGAGCAACAAGCAAAUUCGCAGAAGCAGUUGCAAAUUUAGCUGGGAAGGUUGGACCCGUACUAGCAUCCGUACUAAACCUCAUCGCCAAAAUUUUGUCAUGGGGAGCAAAAGGUAUUGUGUUCCUGGCGAAGAAUCUUUGGAUUUUAGCUCUAGCAUUAACCUACUUCUUGUACAACGAAUACGGAAAAAGGAAAAAAAAUACUAUAUAAUAAAUGAGUAACACAAACGAAUUCAUCGUACUCGGCGCAAUCGCCGCAAUUGCGGUAAACAGCGGUCUCACACCUGGGCAAGUCCUGGGGUUGUUGGGAGUUAUGAAAUUCGGGUUCCACCUCGGGGAAAAUAUGGCAGCAAUUGCCUCUAUGGAUAAACCUAAAAAAUCAUGCAACUGUCAGGAUACCUAUGAAUUCGGGGAAGAACACUAAAAAGUAAAUACUAUACAGAGUGUAUAAAAAAAAACUGAACAGAUUUAAAAUUGCUCUCAAUUUCGCAAAACAGCUAUUUGUAUCUGGUUUUUUAUAUAUAUAGCCUCUUUGGGUACUUAUAAUGUAGAAUAAUGAGAAAAAUUUCUCGAACUCAAAUUUUGUGAACCAGGGGUGUGUGCCUUUUCCAACAAAAUAAAAAUGGCUCGCGCACAAAAUUUGAAAGCUGCAAUCAUAUUUUGAGUUAACAGAUGGAAAAUUUGUCGGGAUUUUAAUUACUGUACGAAAUUUCAGACAAUUUGGUUUAGUUUAAGCCCCUUAACUAUUUACGCAAAGUUACAAUUUUCCCGAAAAAUCAGCUAUUUGCAUGCUUAAUUAAUGCAUUUUAAUUGCCUAAUUUGCAUAUGUCAGCAAUAUGCAAAUUAGGUAAAGGCAUUAAUUAAGCAUGCGAAAGGCUGACUUUUUAGAACAAACUAAACCAAAUUGUCUGAAAUUUUGUACAGUAAUUAAAAACCCGACAAACUUUCAAUCUAUUGACUCAAAAUAUGAUUACAGCUUUUAAAUUUCGUGCGCGAGCCAUUUUUAAUUUGUUGGAAAAGACACCCCCCCCUGGUUCACAAAAUUUGAGUUUGAGAAAUUUUUUUCAUUAUUUUACAUUAUAAGUACCCAAAUAAGUUAUAUAUAUAAAAACAGAUACAAAUAGGUGUUUUGCGAAAUUGAGAGCAAUUUCAAAUCUGUUCAGUUUUUUUUUAUACACCCUGUAUAAUAAAACAUUGGAGAUAGAAAAUAUUUCAUGAACGAAGCUUUUGAUGCUGGACUUAUCACGCUUGGCAAGGGUAAGCAAAAAAUUUGCGGGGGACAGUCUGGGAGUGGCUAGUAGUCCGAAAGGAAUUCUGAAACUAGCCGUAGUCCUUGGAGUCGGUGCGGUCGGAGUUCACUAUUUACAAUUUAAAAAACUAGUACCGGAUGAUCCAUUCAAGUAAACCAUUAUAAUAAAGGGAGAUGACAAGUGUUGUAGUCGGAGGAUUAUUCAACGCCGUAGCAUUUGCCGCAGUUAUAUUUCUGUUCGGCAAAUUAAACCAUGGCGGAUAGGAAGACGAAAUGAAAAGAAACAACAGAGCGUUGGAAAAUUUAGUCAAAGCUAAAGAAAAAUGGUACGAAAGUCAAGUAGAAAAAAAGAACAGAAUAGCAAUACUCAGACAGGAACUAGUCGACGCCAAAUCGGAUAUGGAAGCAACAAACCGUGCUCUGGACUCCCUGCGGAAAGCGCAGGAGGAACUAACCCUGGAUAAGUAACCAACAAUUCACGAUUACUACAAACCAUCAAGCGAAAUGGAAAAAUACCAGCAGAUCGCGAUCGGAAUAUUGGGACUGGUGUCCGAAUUUUUAAUUACAAAAAUUUUUGCUAUAUAAUAAAGAGGACCUCGUCCGCAAGUCCUGGAACGGACUACCAUUGUUACUUUCAAACCCUUUGGGUUUGAAAAAACAGAAUCAACAUUUUCUAUACAAUAAAAUAAUGUCCAUCACCAAAGUAUCAGACUUCUCCGAAAAUUCGUUCGUAUUUGGGGAUUCCAUCAUGAUUAACAGGUUAGGGUCUGGAAAGAUCGGACUUGUGGUAGAAGAUGGUGGACCUCUCCUACUCAAGCUGGAAAACUAUCUACAAUCCUGGACAAAACAUCUGCAACACUUCGAAUUUCUUGACAAAAAUGUCGUAAUAUUAUCGUAAAUUUAGAAAACCUCCCCCUUUCCCCCCACCAUUCAAUGUUGAUUGCAUUCGUAGAAUACGGAUAAAACGUCCAACAUUGUUUUGGUGGGCGGAGGGGGGAAAACGAGUAAAUUAUUCCGGUCUAAAAGGUAAAAAAAAGCCACAAAGGAAUGUUUUAAUAGAGUGUCGCAGAUGGUUUUGUCCAGGAUUGUAGCCUAUGGAAUUAAAAAGAACAACAAAUUCGGAAAGGACAACUAUACUAUUCCGUUAGCGGUCGGAACACAUACGGAAUUUGUAUCGGUCCUGGAAACGCUAGAGAAGAAGUGUGCCGCUGUCGUCGGAAAACCGGACACCAAUGUAAUGAGAUGUUUCUAUCGGAAUGGAAAGGGACCGGUUUUGUAUGCGAAGGUCAAUCGGAAUACGGUGAUGUUUAGGGCGGACGGAGGUGGAAAUAUGAAUCCGAUGGAACAAAGGGACGGUCACUUCUACUUGGAUGCUUUGAUCAGAAUUUCAAGCAUAUACCUAUUCGGAAGUAUGGUUUGCGUUCAGGUAAAGCUUCAGGAGGCAAAUUAUUUGAGGGAAAAGGUGGUGGAACCUCGGAAGAAGCUUCUAUACACCCGUUAGAAUUUAAUUUAAUGUACCUUUGAAUAUUAAAAUUGGUUCAUCCGGGUUCCUAGUUCCUCAGACGCCUGUGUCCGAUCGCCGUGGUGUUUAUGCCGUCCGCCAUAACCACCCUCUUAUCGUCGUUUGCCGAUAGAGCUAUCUUAACAACCCUUUCCGUAUAUAUUUCAUGUAGCCCUACUUCUGGAGACAUUCAUUCCCUUCCAUUGUUUCUCGCCGCUGAAGAGACAUUCCUUAUACAUUUGGAAUGUUAUUUCUUUUUUGAUGACUACUUUCUUAACACCCUUACACUUUUUCUCCUCAUCGCCGUCUUCCGCCAUUUUGUAGGCAUAUAGCUUUGACCUUAAUCCCACAAACUCUUCAAUUUGUUUUGCACCUGUUUCCAGCUUCAUCAUCCCGAUAACCUUCUUGUUUACACCUGUUGGGAUUCCGGAUGGAUGACUCUUACCUAGAUUGCUGGUGUCGAAUCUUUCGUGGACAUCGUCGGAUAUAUCCUUGAAGAUAUCUUCGGUAUUAAUUUCAUAACAUAGGGAGUCUGUGUCCGUGAAUAGGAGCUUGACAUCAUCACCAUACUUUGGUUUGAUGUAAUUAUAGUGGAAGUUGUACAUGAGGGUCUUACUGAUGUCCAGGAUACUCAUCCCUAAGUAGAUGGUUUUGUUCAGUUUUACGGAUGUCCUCCUCAUGUGAACUGCUACGAGGUUUUCGGAGAAGAUGGUUGCUGACUUAAAGUUAUGCUUUUGGCCAGCUUGUUCCACUUCUUCUCGUCGUUGACUAGCCUGAUGUCAACCCUAUUCAUGACGUUCUCCAUCGUCUUUCCAAAUACCGAGUUGUUCAUAAGCUUAAAGAAGUCUUUCUCGAAGUCUGUAGUACCUUUGGUCCGCAGGUCCGUGUUGAGCUGGAUAUACUCCCUCAUCCAGGACUUUUCGUAGAAUUUCACUCCGCGGUGAACCUUAGUGAGCUUUAACCUUAAGCUCAGGUAUUGUUUCAGGUUUUUGUGGUGGAGGACGUAUUUAUCCUUGUUGUUGAGGUUCGGAAUGAGCUUUUUCACCUUCUUAACCAUUAUCCUUUCGGGUGCAUGGGGGUAUUCGUUGUGUUUGUCGUGUAGAUCGUCGGGGUAUUCCAGGUCCACGUCGAGGAUGCAGCUGUAGUCCGUCCACUCCUCCAGUUCUUCAUCAUUCAUCCAUUUGAAGUCCCUGAUGGGUAGGGGUUGGCUCAUUGCCCAUCCAUACAGGUUGUUCGAAUCCAUAUAGGGGUUGUAUAUAGACCAGUCUUCCCGGAUACGACCGACCGCCAGUUUCGUACCGGUAAUGAUUGUAAUAAUCAUGCUAACCAUAGAUAUGAUUACGGCUGAUAGACCGGAGAACGUUUCCCUUAUACACUUUCUGAACCUUUCCAACCUGGUUAGGUCCUUAGGGAGUCUGAUAUCCUUAUUGUUUGCUUUGGCAUACCUUUUGGUAAUGGUGCUGAUCCCACUUCGAAUACCCUUUUCGAUAAGAAGGUACAUAGCCGGAUCGGAGAUGAGGUCCAGUACCACUUCCGUCAGCUUUAGCGCGGCGUCCCAGGCGAGCCCGGGUGCUGUGUAGUACCACGACGAAUCCAGUCCGUAGUUGGUCUUACAAACCUUCCUGCAGUUUUCCAUCACAUCUGCCAGGAGGAGGACGUCCGUUUUCAGGUACAAAUCGUGAUAGUUCCUCAUGGUCUUCAUGUUAAAGGUAUUCCAUACGGUCCAGGCUCUUUUAUAAUCCAUGUCGCUGAUGUUUUCGUUGUUCAGCUUGCUGAAGAAUUUCUCCUUCGGUUGGAGCGCUGUUUCUCCAAGCCUCUCAAAACCAUCUAUGUAUUCAUAGUGGUAAACACCCUUCUGUUUAAGCAGCUCCUUCUGUUCUUUGGUGUUGCGUUUUGACAUCAGAUCCAAAUUUCUGAAGUCGUCCUUACCCAAACCCUUGACGAGCUUGUCCAGGUAGCUUGCCAUGAACUUGAAUGAGUCAAGGAACCUUAGCUCUCUUUUGACCUUCUUUUCCUUUCCGUUCUCGUUAUUAAACUUACCGACCUCUAUCUCCUAAGUAAAGGAGAUGAAUUUCUCUUCCGUUUUGGGAAUACAUUUGAUGUCUCCGCUGCUUAUCCCAAGGUUUUUGAUGAAUAAAUGAGCAUGGUAUCCUUCGAGGUUAUGGAAGAGUACCGGGAUGAAUCUUGGUUUCUUCAUUUUCAGAUUGCACGUAUUAUGUGCCGCACCCCUGUAUUUACCUAUGGUAGUGGCAGUGGUCGUUGACUUUAUAGUCCUUUAGAGUGAAUUCUCCCUUACAUGCGUAAAAGGUGGUUGCUUCUUCAUAACUUUUGAUAUCCAUAGGGGUCAUCCUGAUGGGCUCUUUAUACCUGAACCUGUUUUAGAUGUCUUGGGUUUCCUCCUCCAACAUGUCUACGAAUUUCUUGGUAAUGUUUCCCCCCUCGAAUUGCUGGGUAUAGUGUACCAGCUUAGGCUUGUAGAUGGAGUUGUUGAAACACUUAACGUAGUAGCAGAAUCCGCUAGGGUUGUGUUUCUGGUACUGAACGGUCCUUGACUUGUUGGGGUUCUGUUCCUUUGGAUCUAAUUCCCAGAUAUAACAUUCGAAGUCCGCGUAGAUGGUAAAUGGAACGGUUUGUGUAUUUCCAUAAUUUUCAAACUUUAUGGUACUACCAGGUUUCGGGUAUUCGUGCCUCUGAUAAUCAUUGGUCGAACACAACUCGAGAUGUCUUUCCAGGAGUUCGCUUGAUCCGAAUGCGUUGAGGCAACGGUUGCAGAUGUGUUUUUUGUGCCCGUAAUCAUUAAUCUGCACGCUUGCGAGCCUGGACAUAUCCUUGAUGACGCUGUAGUGGUUCUUCCACAGAAAGAGGUUUAUGGAAUCGGUUUUACUGGAUAUUCGUAAGGGAUAUACCUUGUGGCUUCCGUCAACACUAAACACGUUGACACCGAUAUUGUUACUCUUUUCAAACUUUUUGAUGUUAUUUAUGUUAUGGGUGUUGGGAACUCGGUUCCUUCCCAGUCUAGUCCCUCAGCCUGUUCUCUGAGAAUCCUUGUAAUUCUUUCUGGGUCGUGUUCGAUAGGAUUUAAUGCACGGAUUACAGCCCACUUAAAGCACUCAUCGUCGUCGUUCUUCAUGUUGAUGAUCGCUUUCUUUUUCCCGAUCGACUUAGGUAGUGGCAUAUGACCCUUUCCCUUAAGCGGUUGGAAUUCUCCGAUGUGAACUUCGAGCAGAUCCACCCUUCGAAGCCUACACCCACUACCACGCUUUUGGUACUCUGAAAAGGACUUCAGCAUUUUUUCCUUCAUGAUGUUAAAAGACUCUUCUGUGUUAUCUAUCCCGAUGAAUUUAUGGGUUUUUGACCUGAAGUGGGCGACGGUGGAUACUUCUUCCUCAGUUUUCGGAUCGUUCCUUACCAUUUCACAUGCUAGGGACAUGCUUACGUUUCUCGGUUCCGUUUCGGAAUUUAUGAGCGUCUCAACCUCGUCCUUUGUGAUAUUCAGGAAGUAGGUCGGGUCGUACGCUCCGUUAGGAUUGACGACGUACUUUUUUACCUUCUUUUUGAUACCGCGCUUAUUUAGGACGGGUUUUAGGUCUUUUUCCGGAUUGACGUCGUACCACUGCUCAUUCUCGUCGCUAAGGUUUUCUCUUGCGUCGUACCAUUGGUCUUCUUCCUCUUUACCGCUGUAUAGUUUUACGACCUUCUUUCUCAUGGUCUUGAAUGCGUCGGAUACGCCUUUCCUAAUGGAUGACGGUACGUGGGCGGUUAGCCAGUUGUACCAUCCCUUCAGUCUUUCCGCAAUCCCUGAUGUUCUUUCAACUACCAUUGUUUUAUUAUAUAGAAAAAUUUUUUUUCCAGAAAUGCUGACUCAGUUUUUUUCAAACCAUCCGCUGUUGCGAAGGCUUCGGGAAAACUUCGGGAAAACUUUGGCAAGACUUUUGGAAGACUUUGGGAAGACUUUGGAAAGACUUUGGGAAGACUCUGACAGACGCAUGGGGCGGAGGUUUGCGCAUGCGUGGUGGAAGUGGUUGCGGUUGGGGUGCACGGGUGGGGGAAGGGGUGGCCGGUAGGCAGAGGGUUCCGAGAGGGGCGCGAGGGGUUGCUGGGGGUUGGUUGGGACGUCAUAGGGGCUGGACGUAACGUCAUCAGAUGUGCGUAGGAGGUGCGCAGUGCUGUUUAAUUAGUUUUGCCCAAAAUUAUCCAUUAUUAUCCAUAACUGUCCUAGUGGUCCAAAAUUGUCCAUUAUUAUCCAUAAAUAUCCUACUGGCUCAGAAUCGGUGUUUUCCUACUACUAACAUGAUGUUUGUGAUGUUACUCUGAGUGUGCAUCCACAUCGGGCAAGCUGAAAAGUUAGCUUGGCAACGGUGGGAAUCGAACCCGCAACCUUUGGGAUACUAGUUCAAUUCCCUGCCAACUGAGCUACAGUACGUGGUCAAGUCGGUUCGAACUAAGAAAAAUCAUUUUAUGAAAUACAAUGUGAGGAUCACCGAUGUCACUGGAUGGAAUUAAGAUGGGCCACUGUGAAACUCAUUAGAGUAACAAUAUACCUCAUUCUCUGUAUUAGUCAAAAAUCUGGUCCUUCAUCGUCGCGUGCGUAUUGUAUUUUGCUAAAUCUACCAGCAACAAUUUCCAAUUUGCCCUAUUGCACAAGUCACGGAUAAGUAACUUUCCAAAACAUUCCUAUCGGUAGCUGGGAAAAAUACAAUACCCAUGUCACAGAGAAAGACCAAAUUGAUGGAUAAACGUUGACUAACAUUGAUAAUGAGUUGAUUGUUAUUUUAAAGAGUUUAGCAGCCAUCGUCCCUUCGGUAGGCUACGUUUAAAUUACUUUUUAAUGCUACCAUAGAAACAGUGCUUGGGUAUCAAGUACAAAAUGUCAAGCUUUUUAGACGUUGUUUUACAUACGUAAUUGUUUUUCCUUUUCAGCAAGUAACAACACAGGCGGCCCAAUCUCAGAAUGAAUGAUCAGGUGUUGCGGGUUUUUAACGGUUUUUUGUAAACAAAUUUAUAGUCAAGCAAAACUAUUUUAAAAACAAUCUUAAAUUAGUCAAAUAAAUACAUUUUAACAAUAAAAUAUAGUUGACAUGAUAGUAUAAUACCUUUGCAUUAUUUUAAUUACUCCAUGAGCUCAUUUAGUGCGGUUGAUGUAACAUUUUCUGUGGCCUACAUUGUGUGUGCUCAUUAUAUAUAAUAUAACAGUAAAAGGCUAAUCACAGGCGGCACGACCGCAUCGCCUUCAAAUCAAAUAUCUCCGCUCAAAUUUGUCGUACGCCAAAACAAAUUCGAUUACAUCUUUUCACAAAGAUUUCUCUUUCUAAAUAAUAUGGUUUGAUCAUAGUUUGGGCAAAUUUAGCGACGAACGAAACCAAAAUCUUCUCAAUUUCGGAUACUGUUCAAAAUACUAAGGACUGCACGGGCACGAUCGUGGACGUGACGUAAUCAAUACAUACUGACAAUAACGCCUUAACCGGGGUGGGACUGCAUAUCAAAUCCGACGAUAGUUUGUCGCUUGAUGCUGUCCCACCCCACGUAAGGCGGUUAAGGCGUUAUUGUCAGUAUGUAUUGAUUACGUCUCUAAAUUUGCCCAAACUAUGAUCAAACCAUAUUACUUAGAAAGAGAAAUCUUUGUGAAAAGAUGUAAUCGAAUUUGUUUUAGCGUACGACAAAUUUGAGCGGAGAUAUUUGACUUUGAAGGCGAUGCGGUUGUGCAGCGAGUGAUUAGCCUUUUACUGUUAUAUUAUAUAUAAUGAGCACACACAAUGCAGGCCACAGAAAAUGUUACAUCAACCGCUCUAAAUGAGCUCAAAAAGUCAUUAAAAGAAUGCAAAGGUAUUAUACUAUCAUGUCAACUAUAUUUUAUUGUUAAAAUGUAUUUAUUUGACUAAUUUAAGAAUGGUUUUAAAAUAGUUUUGGUUGACUAUAAAUUUGUUUAUAAAAACCGUUAAAAACCCGCAACACCUGAUCAUUCAUUCUGAGAUUGCGCCGCUGUGGUAACACUUGAAUGGUAAAAAACCGAUUUUAUAUCAAAAUUUCAGACCAUAAGCUUUUACCAUCGGCGUACCGGGCGGGGUGCGGAGGGAGCGGCAGCAGUUUGUUGGGCAAACAAAGCCAGUCGGGAAAAAUUCACUUCACAGUCGGGCAAUUUUGGCUUAUUAUAAAAAUAAAUGGGACAAAUUCUGUCAAAUUUGUGGGAAAUUCUGUCAAUUUUGUGGGAAAUAAGCUAUCUAAUAGCAAUUUUUCGUAAUCACUCAUCUCCCUCCCACGUUGACAACAAUUUUGGAAAGUUUCUCCGGAAAAUUUUUUUUUGACAACGCGGGCACAAUCCGAAGAAGUCGAGCAAAUUUCUUUCCGCCCCACCCCUAAUUUUUUCCUUCCCGUACGCCCAUGGCUUUUACUAUAGAGAAUAGGCGAAAUAUUGAUAAAUUCGUGAACCAUAUCUUCAUCACCAAUUAAUAGUGGAUGUUCUUGUUUCUGCCGUUAUACGCACUUAGGUGGAGAUGUCUGUUUGGGAUGUUUUGCCUGAGUGUUUCAGCACCAAGCAAGCUGGAAGGUUUGCAUGAACGCGGUGUCAAUCGAAUCCCUGGCAUUUGGUUUGCUAGUCCAAUGCACUACCAUCUGCAUGAGCUAGAAGGUCAUGUCGGUAGAUCAAUAUCACCUACUCGAACCCACUCGACAUCAGUCGAACCGACAUCGAGUUCAGUUGGUAGAGCAUUGGAUUAGCAAACCAAAGUCGCGGGUUCAAUUCCAACCACGGUGAAGCAAACUUUUCAGCUUAGCCAGUGUGGACACAAUUAGAGACAACAUUACAAACAUACAGUAAUUAUAGUGGACGUGUUCCUUGCAGUGUUUUUGACCACUUAAAAACUUCGUUUGUUGAAUAUAUCUCCUUCUAGUUCCAUCAUUAUUUCACCUGUCUUUUUUCUUCCAUCAGGUCACUAACGGUAACAGACUCGAACUUCAUCCAAAAAUUCCUAAAUCAAUUCAAGUGCAAAUUGAGUUAACAAUGAUAGAUGCAGAUCACAGACCAACAUUUCUGGGCCUUAAAGAUAACUUGAUGCCAAUAAAAUUUAACAACAGUAAGUAAUUUACAUGAACUAUCUCCUCUAGCACGUUAGGUUACAUUCAUCUGCGUUACGUGUUUCUAUCUGCUUGUGUGAGUUUGUUUGCCUUUAAGCACGAUAUCUUAUUCGAACUUAUUAGUAUAUAGUACGACAAUUUUCGCGAUUAAUGGACAUUGCCCAAGGACAAAGUGAUUACAUUUUCGGUAAUUUUAGAUAAAAAUUGGACGAGAAAUUAGCACACGAAAGUUUUGUUUUGUCGGACAGAGUAAAAAACGCGUAAUUAUAUAGACCAUGGUCUAAUUUAUGCAUGAUACAUAGCUUAAUUCGCUGCGGCUGUAUGAAGUCUCCGAGUGCGCACAAGUUUGUAUAUAUAUAUAUAUAUAUAUAUAUAUAUAUAUAUAUAUAUAUAUAUAUAUAUAUAUAUAUAUAUAUAUAUAUAUAUAUAUAUAUAUAUAUAUUAUAUAUAUAUAUAUAUAUAUAUAUAUAUAUAUAUUAAGUCUUCAAUUUUAAAAUUAUUGUAAAAUUUGAAAGGAAGUAGGACUAACUUAAAGCUUAUCUUUACUUGAAAGCUUAGCUGUUUAACUAUUCAAUGAUAGGCCAUAUGUUGCUUAUACAUACAGGAUAUUGUUUGGAGAUAUUACAGGAUAUUACUUUUUACUUUUACUAACAAAAUCUCAAUAUUUCAAAAAGUUAUAGAAGAUGCUCUCCAGCUUUUUUAUACACUAUAAGUAAGACAAAUUACGACAUAUAUAAGUUGAUAUUUGUUUCUGUCCUAUAAAGUCUUCGUGAAGAACCUUUUUUUCUUAUUGUUUAGGCACCUAUGAAGAUCCGGCGAACUUCGAUAUUUCCUAUAACAAAACAUCUGACACCGUAAGUAGUUAUUAAUGACAUAUCUUAUCAUAUAUAUAUAUAUAUAUAUAUAUAUAUAUACCAUGCUAGGUGGAAAAAUAAUGAGGGGUUUUAGUUAUAUAUCCACGUAAGGAGUCCAGGUAUUUUAACAAGGUCGUCCUGAACAACUAUAACGAGAUUCUAGGUUAAAUUAACCAGACUAUGGCAAGGAAUUUAACCGGAAAUAUCAAGUUAACCUAACCUAGGUCAAUCAAGAAAUUUGAACACGAGUGUUUUUAAAGUGUGGGAAUGUUCGUGAAUUACUAGAAAGCAAUAGAAUGAACUAUGCCCCAUGCUGCGAUUAUAAUAACUGGUGAUUUUAACCACCUUAACAUUAACCAAAUUACAAAUCAAUUCCUUCUGAAACAACUGGUUAAAUUUCCUACUAGAGGUGAACGGACUUUGGACUUGAUUCUGACUAAUUUAGCUAAAUUUUACCAAAACUCUGAGAAAAAACAGCCCUUCGGCUUAGCAGACCAUCUUACCGUUACUAUUUUUCCAAACUUACGGCCAAGUUCGUCCAAUACAAAGAAAUUAAUACCAGUGCGCAAAAGGAACAAGAGCUCAUUUGAACCCUUAGGAUAAUUUUUAAGCAAUAUGGAUUGGUCCGUACUUAACUCUUUGCCUACCAUCGAAGAACAGUUAAAUUAUUUUAACGACUCACUUAUGAUUGCUUUAAAUUCAAUGAUGCCCUCAAAACUCGUUAAAUUGCAUCAAAAUGACACCUCUUGGAUGACCCCAUAUGACUUAAUUGAUGACUUAAUUCACCAUCGUCGAAAAGCCUUCAAAGAAAACAACAUCUUGCUUUUCAAAUUUUAUCCUAAAAAAGUCAACCGCGAAACAAAAAUGAUCAAAUCGAAAUUUUACAAAAGCAAGAUUGAUCAUCUAAAACACGUAGUUCGGAAGAAAUGGUAGUCGAUCUGCAAAAAGAUCUGUGGUAUGUCAAAACCAAAUACCGGCAUCGGUAUAAUAAAUUACUGGAAAUGGAAUCACCGUCUACAAAUUCUAAAAUUCAACUGGCCAGUGAUAUAAAUUCGGCUUUUCUGGAACCCUUGCAAAGUUACCCGAAACUAUCCCGUAGUAGUAAAAUUGAAGCGACUAAUCAUUGGAUUCCUAAAGUUUCCAUAAAAAAACAACUAAGAACAAUCAAAGAAUCUAAAGCACCCUGUCCAAAUGAGAUUCUCAACUGGUUUCUAAAAACCUUUAGCCAUCUUCUUGCUGAACCAGUAUGUUAUCUAAUUAAUUCAUCUUUCCAAAAACAAGUUCUACAUACUAUAUGGAAAAAGGCCAACGUCAUCCCUUUACCAAAAAAUCAGACCAUCGAAGAAUUUAGCAUCAUUCCUUUACAUUUAGCGUUAUCCCUUUACCAUAAAAAUCAGACCAUCGGCCGAUUUCUCUUACGCCUACUUUAUCGAAAAUCGCUGAGCAGUAUGUUGUACAAGAAUUAACAUGUAAAACCUGCCGUUCUGAAGCAUAUAAGACCAGACCAAUACGGUUGUGUUCCUUUUUAUCCACUAAACAUGCUCUAAUAUACCUGGUCACCAUUGGCUUGAAGCUACUGACGCUACGGUUCAGAAGUGAGAGUAAUAUUGAUGGAUUACAAAAAAAGUGUUCGAUUUAAUAGACCACAAUUUGCUGAUGUGUAAAUUUGAGAGCUGUGGAAUCAAUCGCAAUAUUUUAAACUGGAUUAACGAUUUUUUAAGUGAUCGCAAACAAAGAGUUAAAUUGGAGAAUGAUAUCUUCUCAAGUUGGACAAGGUAUCAGCCGGCGUUCCUCAAGGCUCCAAAUUAGGACCAUGGUUAUUCUUCGUGAUGAUGAAUGGUCUAAAAAUUGAAUCAUCAGACGGAAAUGCAAUCUUCGUCGAUGAUACAACAUCCUUCGAAAUUGUGGAUAAUCUUGGGCAAAGCACCGCGCAGGUUAUUGUGGACGAAAUAUCAAAUUGGUCAAUUCAAAAUAAAUUUCAAAUCCAACCAAUAAAAUGCAAAGAAAUGCGAAUAUCCUUCAAACAAGCUCCCCCACAUUUGAUGAUUUACAUUUAAAUGGCAUCACUAUUGAAAUUCUGAAUUCAUUUCAACUGCUGGGUUCGACCAUUCAAAACAACCUUAAGUGGGACAAACACGUUGAAAAAAUUUGCAAAAAGGCAUCAAAGCGUCUGUAUUUUUUAUCCCAGUUGAAACGUACAAAAGUUCAAACUAAAGAACUACUGGAGUUCUAUGUUACGUGCAUUCGUCCCGUCCUGACUUAUGCUUGUGAAGUUUUUCACUUUAACUUGCAAGAGAAAUUAAAAUCAUCAUUGGAACGCAUUCAAAAAAGAGCAAUGAGGAUUAUUCAUGACUAUGAUACACCCUCCGAUGUUGCAUUGGAAUUAUCGAGCUUGGAAAGACUAUCGGGCUAUCGGGACAAUCACUGUGAUGAUCUUUUAUUAAAGGUCUCCCGUAAUAUAGAGGACAAAUUGCAUAAUCUUAUACCUUUUAAUACGAACAGAGACUUACGUUUGAGAAACAUUAGGACAUUUUUUGUUCCCAAGUGUAAUACGGACCGUUUUAAAAAUUCCUUUAUUAACACUACAGCCAGUCGUUACAAUGAGUUUUAUUGUAAAUGGUUUUAUUGAUAAUUUUUUAAAUUAAAUUACCUGUUGUAAACAUAAUCAAUUCAGUUUGUAAACUUUAAUUUAUGUAUAUUUAAUAAACUACUACUACUACAACCACUAUAUCACUUUUAAUUUUUCUUUUGCGUUUCCAAAAGAUAAUUGUUCAUAGUCAGUUUGAUAGAAAUAUUUUUGAUUUUUUAGAAGCCAAUUGAUCCAAGAACUGGUUGUAAUGUGCAGGGCUGUUUUGGCGAAUGUCUAAAGGCCUCUGACAUUGCCACGCUGUUGAAUGAUGACGAUGUAAGUGCAUUUCAUUUAAGGAAUUAAGGGGAGAGCGCUGGCGCUCAAUGGGUUAAUUCCAGUGCGCUUAUAUAGAGGGCUGUGCGACGCGCUGAUGUCGCGCUGAUCGAUGUGUGAUGUGGAAAAGGACUGGCACGAGCAUGCUUUUCGGCAAAAGUUGACAAGGGGCGUGAUUUGUCCUGCUGUUGUAUUUUUGCUGUUAUUUCAUUAACUACGAAAUUCUUCAGGAUGUUUUUGCACUGUAACAACAAAGUAGUUAGUUUGUCUAGUAUGUGAGUUGCCAGUCUGCGAGUCUGCGAGUUGCGAGUUGUGAGUCUGCGAGUUGCGAGUCUGCGAGUUGCGGGUCUGCGAGUUGCGGGUCUGCGAGUUGCCAGUUUACGGUGGAGAUUUAUUGCCUCGAAAACGCUCACUUAAGUGUAAUUUUGUGUGUUUCUGACGAAUUGAUCUUAUAUUUUAUACUUUGCCAGAUCUUUUUAUUCUAAGAAAUGCUCUCGUUUCACUUUUUUCGAAUUUUUCAAAUUUUGCCGGGAAAAUGACGUCAUCCUUUUGGCGCCAAUAUGUUGUUUAUGUGUUAAGACUUCCUUAGUUAGUUUUUCAAUAGAUAAGAUGUUGUGCAAACUUCAAAACCAAAAAUAUAAUUGCAUUAUCUUGAUUCGAUCAAGAAUUAUAACGGAUGGAACGUUCAGAUUUCGGCCAUUUUGUUACUAAAAAUAGCUUACUGAAAAUUCCAUCCUUUGUAACUCUUGAUUGAAUUAAGAUAAUUCAAUUAUUGUUUCGGUUUAGAAGAUAAUAUAACCACUUAGUUUUGAAAAAUUAACUAAGGAAGUCUUAACACUUAAACAAAAUAUUGGCGCCAAAAGGAUGACGUCAUUUUCCCGCCAAAAUUUGAAAAUUCGAAAAAGUGAAACGAGAGCAUUUCUUAGAAUGAAAAGAUCUGUCAAAGUAUAAAAUAUAAGAUCAAUUCUUCAAAAGCACACAAAAUUACAUUUAAGUGAGCGUUUUCGAGGCAAAAGUCCCCACCGUAAACUCGAAGACUCGCAACUCGCAGGUAUCGUACAGUAUGAAUGCUUGUUUGGCCUAUAUAGUUGAACUUUAAAAGAAUCAUUGAGGAUAAUGACUCGUGUUUUUGAAGACUUGGAUGAAGGGAAAUUUUCGAAACAGCAUUCCGACAUGUUAUCAAGUCGUCCAAACUACGAAAUUCAUUUGAUAGUAAAGAUUAUAAUUAUGUGCUUAUCUCCAAAGGUUUUCAUAAGGCUGGGAGAUGAGCAUUUGAAUAUACAUGCAGUGUUGGAAAGUGAGGUAUUUAAUUAAUAGCCGAAUUCAUAUUAGGGACGGGAAACUCGUCUUAGACGGGAAACUCGUCUGUGAAUACCCGUCUGAAUAUGAAUUUAGGGACGUAUAAAUUCGAAUUUAAGACGAAUUUCCCGUGUAGAUGAGAUUCCCGUCUAAGUGUCUAACUUUCCCGUCCGUUUAGACGGGUAAGUUAGACGGGAAAGUUCGGACGGGAAACUCGUCUGCCCCCGGAUUCAUAUUAGACGAAUUUCCCGUCUAAGACGAGUUUCCUGUCUAAGACCGGCUAAUUUUGCGAGUUAAUUUUUACCUCGUUACAAGAUAAACAACAAUUGUAUUUUGGCUAUUUCAUGAUUUUUUGUUAUUAUGUUAUUAAUUUUGUAUGAUUUUUAAGGCAUUCAAUUGAAGAAAUUCUGAUCCGUAAACAUAUUUUAGUUCUUGGCCAUUUAAUAAAAAUACGACUCGCUCGGACGUAUGUUGAGCGCAAUACACGAAAAAGUUUCGGCACAACUUUGACCGGCUGGCUAAGGCGACUUCUCGUAAGGAUUCGUUAAGAAAAUACAAAUUGAAGUUGAGCAUUUCUUGAUUUUCAACUGAUAUUUAAGAUCAACUAGUGGUUAAAACCUAUUGUGAGUUGUAUUCUAUCGGACAUAAACGAUGUAUGUGUACAUACAAAGAGUUUCAAAAACCUAUCACGUCAUGCUUCUUGCGAAAACAACCAUUCGUAAGCCUUCGUAAGCGUUUUGAGCAAAAACUCUACACUUUUCAGUGAUACCUGCUAAAUUAUCGUAUGACAUUAGAAUUUUACUCGCAAUAUCUAUUUCUUCAUCAAAAUUGACUACAAAACAGUCAAUAAUUCCAGCCCAGUUUUCCCGCCAUAUUUACCUUGCUAUCAUAAGACAACGUCGCCAUAGUAACAACUCAGCGCGCUAAUUGCCGUUACACCGCCCUCUAUACAAGCGCCCUGGUUAAUUCGCACGCCAAUCGUAACUCAUUUAGCAAACUUUACUCAAAAUUUGCUGUAGUUUGAUUUGAUAGUCAGCAUUUCAUGCUUAAUUACUUAUUUUGAAUUUUAUUUGAAUUUUUCUUGCGAAUGUGCAGCUAGCUUGCGUUUAAAUCUCUUCCGUCCUGUAACAACACCGCGAAAAAACGUCUGCGCAUGCGUGGGAACAAAAAAGAUGGCGAUGAAUUUCAACCCAAAAUUAUAAACAAAAACAUGGCUAUUUAAUUAUUUAAGGUAAUUGAAACAAACAAAAAAUACACUAGACGGGUAGUUUAGACAUUCAUAAAAAGUUUUCUAACAUUUAAAAUCUAAAAAGAGACAGAAUUUAAAUAAAAAAUUAUCGUUUAUCACCGGGAGGCGUGUGAACAUUUUUUUUAAAAAUUGACGAAUGCUGAACUUAAGCACAAAAGUUAAGAAAACUAUCGAAUAGUUAGGAAAUUUGCACACGAUUUAAUUGUAGAAUAACUCAUUACCUUUAAAUAUAGUCAACGCAAAAAUUAUACAUGCCACGCAAAAAAGUUAUCAACAAAAAUGUGGUUCAUAUGAACCUACGAAAAAUGUGUUUCUAUUGUUCAGUUAAAGAACGUUUUAUACAAUAAAUUUAUCGACAGUCACCUUUGGUUUAUUUUCUUGCAUAAUACUACUUCUUGCACAUGUAGACUAUAAUUAUUUCUAGUUUUUGGGUUGUCACGUUCAUUAUUCCGCUUGUAUUUUCAUACAAAAGCAGAACAUCGAAGUCGCUUCCAUUUUGAGUUUUUGACAACAUUCGGAAAACUUGACAACAUGUUCGCAAUACAGAUUUCAGUAAUGGUGACGCAUGCGCAAACGUUCUUCCGCGGUGUUCCCUCUAUCUCUAUUUCUAGUAUAAGAUUUAUAGAACGCAAGCGUUGCUAGGUCGAUAUGCGACCUUCUACAACUGUGCCGAAACUGGGUGGAAAAUUUUUCGUCUCGCAGCCAUGAGUUUAAAACGUAAACAAAUCUAAACAAUUUUAACAGUCAUGCGGUGUAAUAAAAAAAAUGUUUCUUGGGCCAUUGGCCAUUGCAAUGGGCCAUUUUCAAAUUUGAUGUGGUUGCCAUGAAAAUCCACGCGAAGUAAAAGCCUCGUGCGCCCGAGGCUCUGAUCUCAAGAUAUUGUCGGUAUCCAUGGGUUUUCCAAUGUAAUUCUGAAAUGGCUUACCAUGUUCGCCACCCUGUGCCGUGGAUAUACCGGCGUUUGAAACGUGUAUUUUGCUUACUAUUUAGAAUUCGCGUCAUUUUACCAAAGAGUUUAUCCCUGCAUCGUUAUCUGACAUUCAGAAAUUAGCUGAAUUUAAAUCUCCUUUAUUGGCUGUCAUUACCAACAGAAUUGUUCAUAUUGAAAAAGUGGAAUUGGUAUGACAAUAUUUAGUUGAUAUUAAUGAAUAACAUAUGUUCUCCUUUGGGUAAUUGUGCGGAGUUUCUGGAAGGCACUACGAUUCUCGGCAGAUAUUUUUGUAUUCUAUAUUUUUCUACCGUAAGUGUAACAUUUAUUGGUAUACCCAGAGAAGUACUUCUUUGAAUUUAAAAGUAUAAUCUAGCUAGUAAACAACGGUGUUCCUUUUAAGAUCACAGAAGUUGGUGAUAUGGGAAAUUUAGAAGAGUUCAUUGAAAUGCUUGGAUGUACAUUAGAAAAUGGCCUAAGAUACCUAUCACAAAUUGGAGAAGCUGUAUCAUUUUUACAGAUUAGAAGAUUCAUACAUCGCAAUUUGCGAGCUUCAUCAGUCUUUAUCUACUCGGAUGGAAAUGUAAGUGAAAUCGCUAAAUUUUCUUUCUAAAACUCUCAGUUCCGUUUAUAUAGUAUAAACUAUUUUUAAUGGAUUUAUGAAAUAAAUUAUAUUAAAAAUGAGUGGAAUAGUUUGUUGGUUUGGGGGUUCUGGUUUUGCAUCCCUACAUUAUGAAACAAAGCACUGCAAUCCCCCUCCUUUUGUCAUUAGGAACUCUUCUCGCCUACUUCACACUUCGUUUGAUUGGAAGUAAUGGCUGUUCCCCCAACUCUGUGUGUUGUACGUUGUUCUGCUGCUGCUUCUAUGUCAGUCGUCCACAACUUACGCGUAAAUUUAUAUUCGAAUGUAAUUCUAUAUAUGCAAAAUCAAGACACCAUUAUAUUCAAGUAUGAAGUUUGAAUAAACGCGACCGCCAUAACGCCAUUUGUCCAAAAUGUCUGGUGUUCGAAAAGUUUUACUUUUUUGAAAAGGGUAUAAAUAAUGCUGAUAUAUUAUUGAUUAACUUUAUAAACUUCACUAAUGCUUUCUUUUUCCCGCGGAUGUCAAUAGCCAUGCGGAAUUAGUACCCUCGUGCCAGGCUUACACCCGGAAAGGUGCUCCGCUCCGUUGGCUCGAGAAUCAUUGCUAUUCUCGAGUGCUGAGAACACUGCUUUUCCACUAUUAGUAGUACUACUCACUCUUCCGGAGUGGUGGAUGUGAGCCGAAUCUGUUCCUUGUAACGAGAUAAAUAUGCCAGCUAUAAUAAUAAAUUAAUGUAUAAUUUUGCCGCACCUUUCAUAUAAAAAAAUAUUUUUGGGUUACUGAAAAAGUUAUUUAUUGCAACCUGUGGGGUGUAAUUUCUGCAAAUUUAAAUGUCAUAAAGUUUAUUUACCGUCUGCAUAGUCAUGCUUUUAAAUUAAAUUAUGCCUUUCGGUAGGUGGUAGAACAUAUGUAUAUGACUAAAACGAAGAACAUAUGUAUAUGACUAAAACAAUUUAAUUAAUGUUAACUUUAGGCCAAACUUGCAUGUUUAGCCCGAGUAAGAAGACUGAAACCUAGUUCAGAUGACCAUUCAUCGACGAUACCAAUCAAGUUUCCAAUGCCCCAAGACUCUCUGAGAUGG